AAAGGAAGAAAAACUAGCAACUUUCGCCAAUUCGUGUGUUUUCAUGGAAUUCGUGGUUGGUCUCUCCGCCAAUUUAAAACAAGUCUGUGAGUAACAGUCUUCUAACAGACCAUGAUUCCCGAGGAUCAAUACAAGUGUAUAGCUUUCGAAGUAUACGAACACACGUAGAGAGUACCGAGAACCAAGGGGAAAAAAUGGAAGUGAGAGCUAGAGCUCCUGGGAAAAUUAUACUCGCCGGAGAACAUGCUGUAGUGCACGGAUCCACGGCAGUUGCUGCCUCCAUUGACCUCUGCACCUACGUUUCUCUUCGAUUCCCGACUCCUUCUGACAAUGAUGACUCAUUAAAACUUCAGCUCAAGGACAUGUCACUAGAAUUCUCAUGGCCAGUUUCUAGAAUCAAAGAAGUGCUACCUGAAGUAGUGAGUUCAUUGUCUCCAACACCCACCUCAUGCUCAAUAGAGACAAUGAAAUCAAUUGCAGCUCUUGUUGAAGAACAAAACAUUCCAGAAGCAAAAAUUGGACUUGCUACUGGAGUUUCAGCUUUUCUAUGGUUAUACACCUGCAUCCAAGGAUAUAAGCCUGCUACAGUGGUUGUCACUUCUGAGCUUCCUCUGGGUUCUGGCUUGGGUUCAUCUGCUGCAUUUUCUGUUGCACUCUCAGCUGCGCUGCUUGCUUUCUCGGAUUCAGUAAGUUUGGAUAUGAGCUGGCAGGAGUGGUCAGUAUUUGGGGAAAGUGACCUCGAGUUGGUGAAUAAAUGGGCUUUUGAAGGUGAAAGGAUAAUCCAUGGAAAACCAUCUGGAAUUGACAAUACAGUUAGCACAUAUGGCAACAUGAUCAAGUUCAGGUCAGGUAGUUUGACACGCCUCAAGUCCAAUAUGCCACUUAGAAUGCUCAUUACCAACACUAAAGUUGGGAGGAAUACAAAGGCUUUAGUUGCUGGUGUUUCCGAGAGAACCUUAAGGCACCCAGAUGCCAUGAGUUUUGUCUUUAAUGCUGUUGAUUCUAUCAGCAAGGAAUUGUCUACCAUUAUCCAGUCACCAGCCCCUGAUGACCUCUCCAUUACAGAGAAGGAAGAGAAGAUAGAAGAGUUAAUGGAAAUGAAUCAAGGUCUCCUCCAGUGUAUGGGAGUCAGCCAUUCUGCAAUAGAAACCGUUCUUAGGACCACAUUGAAGUACAAGUUGGCUUCCAAAUUAACAGGAGCUGGAGGUGGAGGAUGUGUUCUUACAUUGUUGCCAACCCUGCUAUCAGGAACAGUUGUUGACAAGGUAAUUGCGGAGCUGGAGUCAUGUGGCUUCCAAUGUCUGAUUGCUGCAAUAGGUGGGAAAGGUGUUGAGGUCUGCUUUGGUGGUUCAGCAUGAUAUUUCUAGUAAGAUCCCUAAUGCCAAAUAAUGAGCAUGAAAUGUCUGCUUUGAUGUUAUGUCCCUUUGCUGUCUGUACUCUGUAGAAUAAUAAACUAAUUAAACUUCAGGACUUUUGUGGUCUUGGAAGAUGUUAAUCUUAUUGCUUCGCGAGUAGUUAAGACAAUUGUAAAAAGUUAAGUGAGCUUUUAUUUGCUACUCUGUAUGCUCCUUGAUGGAAACCAAUUUUACACGAAA